UGUAGUACAGCAACAUGCAGCCUGUAGCAUGGAUAGCAGUUCCCUCCGCUUGCUGCCGAUCUAUAACUAAACAUGUCCAGCAAUGACCGGCCUCUCCGUCAUUAUUUAUUUAUUUCACUGUCUGCCUUAACGAUGCGGCAAGGAACGUUCAUCCAGAACGGUGUCAUGCGAUGUUUUGAUUGGAUUACAGCGAGUUAGCCUUUGCCCUCUAACCUCUUUGAUUUUUGGCUAGCUGCUUCCUGCCCCCCCCCCCCAACCCCCUAGCAAGGAACAGACAGAUUCACGGAGCAACUACGCCUGCCGAAGCCGCUCGGCGAAGCGCCCAGUGCGGACACGGGAGGACCGGGACGAGCCUCCACCAGUGAACUCGGAGCAGAGCUUAGCUGAGCCGAGCCACCGAACAGUCGGCGGGCGAACAAGACACGGCGAGAAAAAGAGAACCAUGCGGAGGAAAUCGAGGAUAUUGUUAUGUUUUGCGGUGCUGUGGGUGCUGGGGAUAGCCUACUACUUCUACUCCGGGACGGCGUUGGGGCGAAAGGAUGACUGGGACUCUGGUGAUUCGUCCAUCCGAAACAAAGCUCACAACUCUGACGACAAAACUCUGGAGACACUUCCACCUGGUAAGGUCCGCUGGCAGGACUUUGACCAGGAUCUGUAUGUUGGAGCCACGGUUGUUCGGCCGGGUCAGGACCCGUAUGCCAGAAACAAGUUCAACCAAGUGGAGAGCGAUAAACUCCGUAUGGACAGAGCGGUGCCGGAUACCAGACAUGACCAUUGCAGACACAAGCAAUGGAAGUCAGACCUACCAGCUUCGAGCGUGGUCAUCACCUUCCACAAUGAAGCCCGCUCUGCCCUCCUGCGUACCGUUGUCAGUGUCUUGAAGAAAAGUCCAACUCACUUGGUCAAAGAGAUCAUCUUGGUUGAUGACUACAGUGAUAAUGCUGAGGAUGGAGCGCUGCUUGGCAAGAUCGAGAAAGUCAGAGUGUUGAGAAACGACCGCAGAGAAGGACUGAUGCGUUCGAGGGUUCGUGGUGCAAGUGCUGCCACUGCUCCAGUCCUCACCUUCCUGGACUCCCACUGUGAAUGUAAUGACCACUGGCUCGAGCCGCUUCUCGAGAGAGUAGCUGAGGAUAAGACCAGAGUGGUUUCUCCUAUAAUCGAUGUCAUCAACAUGGACAACUUCCAGUACGUAGGAGCUUCGGCUGAUCUGAAAGGAGGUUUCGACUGGAAUUUGGUGUUUAAAUGGGAUUACAUGACACUGGACCAGAGACGAGCAAGACAAGGCAACCCUAUCGCCCCCAUAAAGACUCCCAUGAUAGCUGGAGGUCUGUUCGUCAUGGAUAAGGAUUACUUUGAGCAUUUAGGGAAAUAUGACAUGAUGAUGGAUGUCUGGGGAGGAGAAAAUUUGGAGAUCUCAUUUCGCGUGUGGCAGUGCGGCGGAAGUCUGGAAAUCAUCCCGUGCAGCAGAGUCGGACACGUUUUCAGAAAGCAACACCCGUAUACCUUCCCUGGUGGCAGUGGCACGGUCUUUGCAAGGAACACCAGAAGAGCCGCCGAGGUGUGGAUGGACGAGUAUAAAAACUUUUACUACGCCGCGGUCCCCUCGGCAAGAAAUGUGCCCUACGGGAACAUCCAGAGUCGUUUGGAUAUGAAGAAGCGUUUAGCCUGUCAGCCCUUUAAAUGGUACCUGGAGAAUGUCUACCCUGAGCUGCGGGUCCCUGAUCACCAAGACAUUGCAUUUGGAGCAUUACAACAGGGAGGAAACUGCCUGGACACCUUGGGACAUUUUGCUGAUGGAGUGGUGGGCGUUUACGAAUGCCACAACGCCGGAGGAAACCAGGAAUGGGCCCUGACUAAGGAUAAGUCAGUCAAACACAUGGACUUGUGCUUGACUGUGGUGGAGAGAACAGGCGGCUCCCUCAUCAAGCUGCAGGGCUGUCGAGAGAACGACAGCAGACAGAAAUGGGAGCAGAUUGAGUCCAACUCGAAGCUUCGUCACGUGGGCAGCAACCUGUGUCUGGACAGCCGCAGUGCCCGAAUGGGUGGUCUCACCGUGGAGGUGUGCAGCCCCAACCUGAGCCAGCAGUGGAAGUUUACCCUGAAUUUACAAUCAUAGGGGGGUGGGGCAACAUGACCCACGCCACCCCAGGAGCUGGACACACCAACAGACUCUGAAGACGACCGGGGGAUGAACUAGUCCGUCUUGGUCCUCCUCAGGGGGUCGGAGGUCAUAUUUUUACACGCCCGUCCCUGCCUCCCAACACAAAAACAGACAAGCGGAGGGAGGCCCCCUGAAGAGGAAGUGACUGUUGGGUCGCUAAUGAUGAAGAUACAGGCUCUCCAUCCAAACGACUACAUACCUCAGUGUUUUGUCAUCGCCGCUUUCACGAGGGUAAUCACGUGUGAACUCUUCCAGGCUUAUUCUUUUCUUCAAUGCUGGUGAAAAUGGACUCCAGUGAUUUUAUUUUGUAACUCUAUUUCUUAUGGGGUUUUUUUUCUUUCCUUCAGACUUUCCUCAAACAGAGCCAGAGUUAACCAACUUUGUUUUGGGUUUUCGGGGGGUGGAGGUUCACAGGACCAUCAGAGACGAAGAGAGGCGAAUAUUUUUUUUUAAGAGAUUUCCACAGCAGGCAGUGGAGGAUUUUACUGAACAUUUUCAAGCGUUGUGGUCUGUCCUCAGGCUGUAGCACUGGCUGCUGCACUUUACCAUCUUCAUUUUCUUCUUUAAAGCGACGACAAGGAUCUCUUAACAGCCACUUUUUGUUUACUUCUCUCACGAAGCAAAUUGAAAAAAAAAAAAUGAAAAAAAGAAACACCCUCCAAAGGACAGUCGAGGACUGAUGUGAUGUCUUUUCUUUACUAUCGCUGCUCUUCGGCUCCCUCGGGGAAGCGUUUUAUACGACUUCUGUUUGUUUUGUGAUUUUAUUUUGCUCGCCACAUCAAACUGAAUUUGUGUAAUUUACUGUCUCUUUCUCUGGUUUUCUGAGGGUAACAGGAAUAAAUAACCUAAUCUCA